AUGGUAGUCAAACCUUUUACGGUGGACUUGGAUAAGCCUCUCGUCUUCCAGGUUGGUCAUCUUGGCGAAGCUUACAAUGAAUGGGUUCACCAACCUAUUGUCAGCAAGGAAGGCCCGAGAUUUUUUGCAAAUGACUAUUUGGAGCUCUUGACUCGCACAGCAUGGUGGGUGAUUCCACUUGUUUGGCUGCCUGUAGCAUCCUGGUUAGUCUCCAUGUCUUUUCGAAUGGGGCUUACUUUAGCUCAGGUACCUUUAGCAGUGGUUGGUGGCAUCUUUAUUUGGACACUGUUGGAGUAUGGUUUGCAUCGCUUCCCUCUUCAUAUGAAAUCAACAAGCUAUUGGUUGGGCAACACCAUUCAUUAUCGUUUUCAUGGUUGCCAUCACAGGCACCCUAUGGAUGGGAUGCGCAUUGUUUUCCCCCCUGCAGUGACAGCUAUUCUCUGUGUGCCGUUUUGGAAUAUGUCUAGGCUUUUAUCACCUCCAUCAGUUGCUCCGGCUUUGUUUGGAGGAACCUUACUGGGAUAUGUAGCAUAUGAUGUCACUCAUUACUACCUGCACCAUGGGAAGCCAUACAAAAGAUUGACUCAAGAUCUGAAGAAAUAUCACUUGAACCAUCACUUCAGAAAUCACAGUAAGGGAUUCGGGAUCACUUCCUCCUUUUGGGACAAUGUUUUCCGAACAGUGCCUUCAACAAAAACUGCCGAGAAAAUGAGUAACCAGUAGCACUGGCUGGGUUAACAUGCAUCUUCUUGCUACCGUGUUGUAGUAGUAAACAGUAAGCCUUUCUGCUUCUCGUAUUUUCUUGAUCUAGUUUUCCCUUAUACAUAUCAUUUUCACAUUAUUCUAGCAACAUCUUGCAUUUUUUUAUAAGCAACUAGAGUCAUAGUUUUUUGCAUCACUUUUCUCUAAAACCAAUAAUGUUUUUGUGCAAUGUAUUGGAUACUUCCUUAAUCGCUAUCUAUAUGA